GCCAAACUCCAAGUCAGUCAGACUCUGGAUAAAAAUGCCGGAAAGUCUCCACUGGCGAUAAUAGUUCGAUCGCCGCGGAAUCCAGUCAGAACGGGCGAAUUCUCUUUGGCACUGAAAAAAGCCCCUCACUGGUGAUAAUUAUUAACCAUAACUAAGUCCUCUACGAAGAUCUCCCAGCCCGUCACCGUCGGCUGAUUGCGGGCUUCUAAGUAACUAAGCUGGGGGCCUUUUCUCCUCCGUCUCCGUAUCGGUCUGGCUUGCACCUUCACUCUCUGUCACUACACACACACACUCACAAUGUCGCUCCCUCUACCUCGGCCGCUCUUUCGUGCUGUCCUGAGCAGAUCCUACGGGACUGUCCAGGGCACUCCGCCAGCAGCUGCCUCCUUGGCCUCGAGGAUACCCCCGGCCCUGCAGGAAGCCACUGCGGCGACAGCCCCGCGCACCAAUUGGACUCGCGAUGAAAUCAAGCAGAUCUAUGAGUCUCCGUUGAACCAGCUCACGUAUGCUGCGGCCGCCGUCCACCGCCGCUUCCACGAUCCCUCUGCGAUCCAGAUGUGCACCCUGAUGAACAUCAAGACCGGCGGCUGCAGCGAAGACUGCUCCUACUGUGCGCAGUCCUCCCGCCACAACACGGGUCUCAAGGCCACGAAGAUGAGCCCCGUCGACGAGGUGCUGGAGAAGGCCCGGAUGGCCAAGAAGAACGGCAGCACGAGGUUCUGCAUGGGUGCCGCCUGGCGAGACAUGCGCGGGCGCAAGACCAGUCUCAAGAACGUCAAGCAGAUGGUGUCCGGCAUCCGGGACAUGGGCAUGGAAGUGUGUGUGACGCUGGGCAUGAUCGAUCAGAACCAGGCCAAGGAGCUGAAGGAGGCUGGUCUCACGGCCUACAACCACAACCUCGACACCUCGCGCGAGUUCUACCCGUCCAUCAUCACCACCCGUUCCUACGACGAGCGUCUGCAGACUCUCUCGCACGUCCGCGACGCGGGCAUCAACGUCUGCUCCGGCGGUAUCCUGGGUCUGGGUGAAUCCGACUCGGACCGCGUUGGUCUUCUGUACACCGUCUCGAACCUGCCUUCGCACCCGGAAUCCUUCCCCGUUAACGCUCUGGUUCCCAUCCCCGGCACGCCCCUGGGUAACCGCAAGAUGAUCCCGUUCGACAAGAUCCUGCGCACCGUCGCUACGGCCCGUAUCGUGAUGCCCGCUACCAUCGUCCGUCUAGCCGCCGGCCGCAUCUCCAUGUCCGAGGAGCAGCAGAUCCAAUGUUUCAUGGCGGGCGCCAAUGCCGUCUUCACGGGCGAGAAGAUGCUUACCACUGACUGCAACGGAUGGGACGAGGACCGUGAGAUGUUCGAGAAAUGGGGCUUCUAUCCCAUGAAGAGCUUUGAGCGAGAGCAGACGCCGGACGCUCCCCCCGCCCAGCCCAAGGUGGAGAAUGUGGAAACCGCUGCUGCUGCGCAGGUUGCGGCCAGUGCCUGAUCUUAUUUCCCCCUCAUUCUGCCAUUCUGGAAACACCUUAUGUCUUUGUGUUUAUUUAUGUUCUCAUGUCGAAAAGAGCGACGAUGGAGGCGAAUAUGUUUAUAUCUUUCAGCCUAGCGACAAAAAUUUAGAGAAUUUCGCAUUUCUCAUGAAAAUACAUAUAUUGUAGAACAAGUAAAGCUUGCGUCUUUCUAAAGGCGGUCUAUAGUAAAUUCAAAUUU